UUGUUAAUAUCUGUCAGUGGUUUGUUUUGUGUUGUCGAUUUGCUAUUGCCGUAAAUCAUCGUAAAUAAUAUCGUUAAAAGUGUGUUAUACUAAUACUGAAAGAGAUAAACGAAAUAAGCAAAAAUGGAUAUUUACGGGUAUCAUGCUUACCCAUUUAAUCAGUCUGAUGAAUUAGCAAAACAGAUGUUUGCGCAGCAGGCUCUAGCGUCGUCUUUACCUUAUAAUCGUGGAGCUGAACCACAUACAAUGCCUCCACCGACGGGUACACCAUGGAAUAUGCAAGGUAUCGCCUGGGGUUUGCAAUCACCACCUCAAUUGGUUCAGUUUACCGCACAACCUCCAGUGGGUGAAGUGAAAAUUUCACCUGUCAUACAUUGCAAAAGGAAGAGUUUAGAUGUUGUGGAUCCCGUAAUACCAGCAAAACAACUCAUUACUGAAGAAAAGAUGGCAGCUCAUCUCAGCGGUCUACACAUUUCAUCAAAUUAUACAACACAUUGUCAUGCCAAUGAAGAGCUAAUGGAUGUGGGUAUGACAGAAGCUCAGACACCAUCUCUCUGCGAUAGACUCAAAGGCCACAAAAUAGUUUUAUCAGAAGAAAUUAAAAAAAUACAAGAUGAACCAUUAUUGCCAGCAGCUCUUAUUGAAAGACUAGAAAAACCUCAAAUGUCCCUUGUUGUGUGGAAACCCAAAGAGAAUAUUCUAGAAAAAAUAAAAGAAAAUGAAGAUGAAAAAGAACAGAAACUUGAACCGCAGGAGGAGACACAAAAAAGAAAUGGUUUACUUGUAGCAGCUCAAAGUAGUAUGGACAUAGAAAUGUGAUAAUGUAAGUGAAAACAAUUAUUUUAGAACUGUAACACAAGUUAUCUCAUUACAGACACGAAAGUAUACAAAUAUAAUUAAUUAAUUAUAGCUUCACCUUUUAAAUCUAGUUUAUACAUUUUGAAAUAUUAAAUUUACUUCUAAUAUAUUUAUUAAGUGAUUGUUAGAUGUUAGAACCAAUAUGCUUAUGCGAACAUGUGAAAUCAUACUAUAUCAUUUGCCAUAUCAUGGCAUACCAUGAUAUAAUAUUAAUGAGACAACUUUUAUGUUCAAAUGAAAGAUAAAAUUAUAUACUCUGAAUAUCAACUAUGGAUAAGUUAAUGUUUUACUUCUGUUGAUAUUAUCAUUAAUUUCAAGAGAUCUAGACAUUGCAGUAUGGGUAAAUAAACAAUGGAUCAAUUACUUGAUUUUAAUGGUUUCAGUAGUAAAAUAAUUGUCUCUUGUAAAUUGAACUCGAGAGCUGCUUUACAUUGGAAAUGCUGCAGAUUGCCGACCCCUGUGGCAUUUCCAAUGUAAAGCGGCAUCAUAUAACAGGUGUGAACCAUACAGCAAACUCAUGCUGCUGUUGCAUUUUUAGUUACUAUCAUCAACUGAUUAUUAUUGUUUUAUUCACUUAACUGAUAUUGAAAAAUAUUUUUAUUGUAUUAAUAUAACAAGAGGAAUGAGAAUAUAGGAUAUGAUCUUGACAGCAAUAAGAUUUAGGUUAAACGUUUUAAUUUAGAUAUGUCUAAAGAUUUCUGUCAAUUUAGCUAUUAAUAUGAUUAAUUUGCUACAACUGUUAUAGAUUAGGAUCAUUUAAGAAGUCAUUUCAAUUGUUUUAGUAAGUUAAUUUCAAAAAAGAAAUUAAGAUUGCUGUAAUGUGUAUGUUACGCUCCAAAGAUCUAAAUCGCUUGAGCGAAAAAAUGGUUUAGAACGCGUUUUGGCAGUCGUGGCUUUUC